CCCUGUUUGACACAUACCCGAUACCUUUAAAGUCGGUACCUGCCAUGGAGGGUGCUGAAGAUGUGGAAUGGCUCGUCAUCGGUGACGUGGAAAGAGCAACCACGCCGUCGCUGCCCUCGCCGCCGUCGCCAGUGCUGGACGUGCCCAUUUCCCUAGCCAGUGCUGCCACGCAGACCACAGAGGUGAGCGGCACGGGCGAAACGGCGGCUCCGAUGUCCCUGCGCCCAGGCUUCCCGGUCCUGGGCGCGGCGGCGGGCCUGGCCUUCGUCGGCAUUUUAGGUGCGUUGCUUCUGCGCAGAGGUGAUGCUGCAAAGCCUACGCCGACGCCUCCAGGCGAAAACACUGCAGGAGCUGAAGAGCCAACGCCAUCAAAGAAGGACCUGCCUGAUUUGGCGGUGCCAUCCUUGCCGGAGCUUGAGCAGCCAAUUGCGGUGCAAAGCGACUCGAAGAUCAUUACGUCGCCUGGUGUGACGGCGUUGCCGCCGAAGUGGGAGAACGAGCCGGUGAAGGUUGCCCUCGCGGAGGUCACAGAGGAAGUCGAGAACGCCAAGCUGGAGGCCAACCCGAAGGUGGUGGGUGCUGUGGUCCUCGGGUGUGCCCUCCUCUUGGCGAGAUCAGGUUUGCGAAGGCACUUCAAGAAGCGGACGGGGCCGCUGAGAAUGGCGAUGCAAGCGACGGCACCGAAGGCGCCAGUUGAGAGCCAGGUGUUCCUGGGCCCAGGUGCAGAGGCCUUGGCACUGCGAGGUGAGGCAAAGAGAGCUGGGCCAGUCUUCGACUUCUCGGUGAGUGUGAGCGAUUCAGGGCGGAAGCUGCCGUCUUCCGUGGACCUGGCCGAUGUGGACCCGAAGAUCGCCGCGAAGAACUGGCCCAAGUAUAUGUUCGAGAAGCCAAAGGGCCGCAUCGAAAAUGGCAUCGUCCGACCAGAUCUUCCCAACGCUUGCCGUAUUUUCCGAGUGCUGCCAAAGUGAGCCAGAGAAAUCGUGGGCAGAUUUCGGCUGCGUUUUGUCUUCAAAGCGGCGUACCCCCCUUUUUUCGUUUGGGUCUUUAGAGCCACC